CUCUUGGGUCAUUCUGGGUCUGAGGUUAUUUGCAUGUCAACUCCAAUGUCCCCUCCUUUCACAAUCUUGGGGGACGCCAUCCUCCUGGCAGCAGGCCUGGUCGUACUGACAAAAAGGGGAAUUCUCAACAAUAGGGAGUUAACGACCGACUCUUACAAAGAACUCUCCUCUGCCAGAAGGGGCUCAACUGGUAAAUCUUCAACCUUUAAAAAAAUGGGUAACCUUUUUUUACUCAUAACAUACUUCAUAUGUGGAUUUUGGCCAUCUUGGUUACCUGCAUAUAUUUUGGCUCCCACAGCAGGGGAAAGAUCUGAUCUAAGUCUGCAACUAAGGAUUUUAAUAGAAAAAUAACUUUAGAGCCUGUUGGCAGUAGUAAGAUUCUUAACUCUUUAAGGACAACCUGGUUAUUUUGUAAUUGGUCUUGUUUUGGUAUAGUUGUAUGCAGUUAAAUGCUAUCUAUCAAAAUUCCAGAAAUGGGCUUUUGAUUUGUAAUUAUGCAGUAUGUUUCUUAUAUGUGAUAAGCUGGUCUCACUCUCUCAAAUUUUCAUGUGUAUAGCGGGUUUUCAUUUAUGCUGUUAUAGAAGAACAAUUCUGUUCCAAGUACACAUAUUAGAAGUUCUUUAGAGUUCAGGGCUAUCUGGUGGUUUAAUUUUAAAUUUGGUAGAAAUAUUAAUUUUGUGUAGUGGUUUUGGUUUGUUAGUUUGAGAUUUUGUUAAUUUUGAGAUUUUUUAGGUAAGAUACUGAUGUAGAUACAUAUUAUAAUAUUGGUUCUUUGCAAAUGUUAACAUGAAUAUGUGUUAUAUUUUUGAAAGUUAUGCUGUAUUAAUCUCCUUUAAGUAGUGCUCUAUUAAUCUCUUUCAAGUAGUGUGGUAAACAUAGUUUUAAGGCUAUAGCAUAAUAUUAAAAUAGAAACUAUGUGAUGUAAGAUACUUUUUGUAACUAGCUCAAGGAAAUCAAGAAAUUCUUCACAUUAUCCUAUCUGGAUAGAGAUAACAGCAAGCAGACGCCAAGAUCCCAAGAAAAAAUUAUUGCUUCCUUAUCGGGAAAGCUCAGACUUAGAGGAACCAAGAAGACUGGUUUUCAAGAGGGGGUGGGGAAGCUAAAAAGCAGAAACACCCUAGUGUGAAAGGAAUGUUUGAAUCAUGUAUGAGAUAUAUGAAUAUACAAUAGGCUGUUGCUUUAAGGGGUAAUCCUUUGUUAGCAAGGUGUGCUUUGUGGCAGAGUGCCAGGCACCUGGAAGUCUGUAAUUCUUUGCUUUUUAUUGUUUCUUAUUAUCCUAAUUUUUAUUACUAUUUUCAUUACUAUUAAACUUCUAAAAUUUUAACAAAAGUGAAUGGCAUGUUUCCCAUGUAUUAAAGAGUGUGGUCGGUUUGGUGUUGGUUAAUUACUAGUGUAUUCAUUUUUUGUUGUGAAAUAGGCUUAAGAGAAAGGUAAAGUAGGUUUAAAAUUUUAAAAGGUGUCAUGGUUUGAGCCUGGCGCAGUGCCACUGCCCCCAUGAAAAUGCUUGCUCCCUGGUGUCUGCUGUGACAUGUGAUCAGAAAUAGAGCAAAGCAGGCUCCAGCUUAGGAAUAAGAGGGGAAAACUUUAUUACCCUACAACUAUAAAAGAAACACACAGAACUCAACUUUUCGCAAGCCGGGAAACCCGAUGUUGGAAAAAGAAUCGGGACUUGAGACGAAAGUCCCGGGAAAGCGACAGAAGGGUGCGUGGGAAGCUUAGGUCCCAAGCAGAAAUCCUGGAUGUGGAGUGCCGGAAAUCCAUCAAGGAAGGUCUCAUGCAGUUCCGAUGCAAUCAGGGUGUCUCGGUGGGGUGCCUUUAAGAGGAGGUAUGCGGCUAGGUCCGAGGGCGUCUUCCCUGAAGAAUACUUCUGCUGCCGUGAAGAUGGUCUUUCUCGCCGCUGGUAGCACCCCAGGGGGCGGAGGCAAAGGCAGAGGAGUACGCCUAGUGGGAAUCCUGAUUGGCCUGAGCCUAGUCAUGUGCGGGACGCAGAGUCUGAGCACUGAGAUCCCCAGGAAAUAUGGAAGUGAAAGCUCCAUGGAUGAGUGUGGAAAAUGCACUCAGGUGGUCCCAGUUGCAGGGGACGGGGUACUCUCGACAUACCAAGCCCCAGAGGAAUGUCUGAACGGAACUAGCAGGUACUGUUGGAAAAAUGGCACUCGGGUGAAAUUGUGUGAAUUGGAAAUUGGGACUUGGUGCAUCAAUCCCGAGGCAGGGUUAAGGAAUGGGCAGUCAAACGAUCAUGGGUUCCAGAGGAAAAAACGUGUUAUGGAACAGAUGUCAAUCCCCAUUUGUGACCAGUGUAAUCGAACUAUGUGGGUCGGGGGAAAGACAGAAUCAAUCUUUAUUGCAUAUCACCAGGUGAACCCUUUGUGCUAUGAUAGCACAAGGUUGGGGAUAUGCACAAUUAAUGGGAAAAUGUAUUGGGUGACAAAGAAUACGAAAUUUGACAAUAAAAUUACCCGGAACAAGGACCCAUUCAUAUUGGAUCUGGCACAGGCAAAUGAUGGCAGUGUGUGCCUGCAAUAUGAUAGGGUGGUUUGUGGUGUGAACAACAAAGAUGAUGAGAAUCCUGAAGGAAAAAUUAAAGAAAUAAUUCAAGAAAUGAAAAGAAGGGAGUCAGAAUUGAGGAAACGGAGGAUUGACCAGGAAAGGUUGAAAACACUGAGUGAACAGUAUGAGGCCUUGGAAAAACAAUAUGCUGAUGGGGAAUUACCUUCCCCAGAUAGGAACUUAUUCAUUGAUCUGAUUCAAGAAAUUGCAACAGAGUUGGGUUUAUCAAACUGUUGGAUUUGUGGGGGGCUGAAAUCUGCGGAGAAAUGGCCCUGGAAAGGGGAAGGUUUGGCACCAGAGCACCUUCAGAAAUGGGAUUGCCUGAGGGUCUCAAAAUUGGUACGGAGGCCUGAGGGGUGGGUUUUGGACCAAAGAGUGAUUAGCUCAAUUUGUGUCAGUCAAAAAGGGAGAGAAUACACUGAAAUGGUGGGAUACACUCCCUGUGUGUCUACUUUGAUGGUGAAUUCUGAUUCAAAAAGCAAGGUAUGGCUCCCUGCCCCUCCUUUGGGUAUUGGAGCCUGAAAAAUGAUACAAAUUGUGAGUGGGAUGAAAGAAUAGGGUUGUGCUGGGUCCAAAGUCCAGGAGCCAACCCUUUCCAAUCCUUGGAAAGUGUAAGAGAAUUCUGUGGAGAACCAGGGAAAAUAGACAUUAAAUGGAAAGCCCCGGAUGGGAUUUAUUUGAUCUGUGGCAUACAGUGAAUUACUCCCAACGUGGAAAGGGUCUUGCACUUUACGUGUGAUCAGGCCAGUUUUCUUCACUCUCCCGAGAAUGAAAAGCAAUCUGUUAGGGGCUCUGUUAUACGAGACCUUGAAAAGGGAGAGGAGGAGUCUGAAGAAGAUAAGACCGGUGAUAAGCGUGAAGCAAGCUUGGGGGGAAGAGGAGUGGCCAGCGGCAAGAAUAAUUGAUUAUUAUGGGCUGGCCACGUGGGCACAGGAUGGAAGCAAUGGAUAUAGGACCCAGAUUUACUUACUGAACAGGCUGAUCAGAUUGCAAGCAGAUAUGGAAAUUGUAUUGAAUCACACCUCCGAAGCACUGGAUUUACUAAGUUGGCAGCACACACAGGUGAAAGCCUUUGUGUACCAGAAUCGAAUAGCAUUAGACUAUUUGUUGGCCGAAGAAGGGGAAGUGUGUGGGAAAUUCAAUGAAUCAGAAGGUUGCAUUGAGAUUGAUGAUUAUGGGGAAGCCAUAAGAGGUUUGGCGGCCGAAAUUAAAAAGGUGGCCCAUGUCCCCGUCCAAAAAUGGAAUUUGAUUUUGCAGUCCUCAUGGUGGGACAAGUUAUUAGAUGGAGCAUAGUGGAACAAGGUAAUAUUUGUACUCUGAUCAGCAGCCGUGAUCCUAUUCCUACCCUGUUGAUUCCGUGUUUUAUCAGAUUGAUCCACUCUGUAGUCAGGGGAAUACAGAUUGCAAUAGUCCCCAUAGACUUGGAGGGAGCUUCUGGAGGUGAUGCAUCUAAGAUUAUGUGACUAGGGGAGAGAAAGUAUGACAGCAAUGCUGCAGAAGCAUUGGCAAGACUUGAAAGGCAAAACACUGAAGAAAGAAGUAGUGUAGUGUAUCUGGGCAUCCCACAAGGGGAAUACCAAAUAGUAUAAGAGGUACUCCGUUUGUGAGGAACCCUCUGUGGUGAUGGGUAGGAAUAGAAAAUUAAUAAAUUAGAAGCAUGAAUUAUAUGGGUAAAAGAAAUGGGGAGGGAUUGUAGUAUAUGAUAGAGAUAAUUCAUGCUUUGUAAACUGUAUGAAAAUUAUAAAGAUCCAACCGUGCCUCUGACCCCCAUGGCCAGAAGUAGGGCCUUCCUUUCUAUUCAAAAGAUUUCCCAGACUCACUCAGAUAAAAUCAUGAUUAAUAAUGAAUGAAUGAGUCCUUCCCAGGCAAUCAUUGGCCAUUUCUCAGGAAUGUCCAGAACAUUCACAGAACGGCACCUGGAAGAGAUUACACUGAGGAACGGGCUACAUCUGAAAAGAAGACCAUUUUGAGGAGCUCAGACAACCAACCAAACCUAUGGACUAACUUUUGUAUGCGACUGAAUCUGUAUAGUCCCUGUUAUACAUAUGUAGGGACUUACAGAAAUCUUAGGUCAUUUCUGCUGCAGGUGGAAUAAACUGUAUAUAAGCUGGCGACCUGGAGCAGUUGAAACUCUGGGGAGACGCUGACACUAUGUCAGUUUGAACCAGGUUCACCCAGCGUCAAAGUCCGGGGUUGACGCUGUCUUGGCUGUGGCGGUUUUAUAAUAUUCUAUUUUUGGUUGUCGAUCUAAUGAAUUUAUAAAAUAUUUUUAUAAAUUUGGCAGCCGAUUUGAUCAUUUACAACAAGUGAUAAGAAUUAGAGUAAAAUUUUUAGAAUACUUUUCUCUUUUUUGUAACUUUUUUUCUGAUAAUGUAGAGAAAUAAAAUGAAAA